CUUGCUCUGUUCAGACUCCUCUCAAACCAUGACACUUUGAUAUUAUACAUUUAUUCAAAUGUGCUACUAAUUCCCAUUUUGUUUAUUAUUUGAUAGGUUUAUUGAACAAAUAGAGCAUAUCCAUCACAUGCAAUGAAGUGGAAAUGGGGAAUUUUCGACAUAUGUUGAAUAAUCACUAGUUAUUAGCCAAGAAAAAAGUACUUAAUUUGAAACAUAAAAGUGAUUAUCUUGUUUGUCAAAUCAUGUCUAGAUGUCUACCUUUCCCUCCUCCAAAUUAUAUGAAGAAUGGCAUAGGGGGUGAAGCACUUCUACAACAAUUGGAGGUGCGAAGAGUGAAGUACUCUAAGGAAAAAAAAGAAGAAAAAAAAGAGAAGAAAAGAAGCCAUGGUGAUAAGAAGAAAGAUGAUAAAGAGAGUGAAAAAGAUGAUAGUGAUGAGAAGAAGAAAGAAAGAAGAAGAAAGGAACAAAAACAUGAUGUUGAAAAAAUGGAGACACAUUUAGAGUAUACAAACUUGACUAUGAAUUGGGUUCCUCUUGAGAUGCAAAUGAUUCCAACUGAUUUACAAGAUGAAGAAGAAUGGCUUUCUAGAAAGCCUCGUUCCAAUGGUGAAAGUGAAAGUAAAACCGCUCAUCAAACCGAACUUGUUGGGAAUCGUAGCCGCACUGACAAUGGCGACUGUCAUAGAAUCCAACCACUCGCGACUUAUCUACCCAAUGCUGACGUAUAUGCUUUGCCUUACGCCUUACCAUUUUGA